GGGCGUUGGCGCUGCUUUGGCUGAGUAGCAACAUCAUCAGAUAGAUUAGAAGAGAUAGAAUGGAAUAGAAGAGCAGAAGAAGACCAAGCUGCGCUAGCUCCGACGCAUCCUAAUGUUCUUCAUGGCCAUGGCGUCGUCGUCGAUGAUGGUGCUCAACCCUUGCCGCACGCCCUCUACCGUCUCCGCGGCGCAGCUUCUGAAGGAGCCCCGCUCAAGUGCUCUUUCUUCUUCUUCCAAUGCCAGGUUCACUCAAUUGGGCUCGGAGCUUCGUUGGAGCGCUCGCCUCGCUGCACCAUUGCUACCAAAUGGUGGUGCUAGGGUUGUGCGGAGGCAGGAGCAUUGCAGUGUCGUGUGUAUGGUGCUUCCCGCUGGAGAUGCCGAAAUUGUAUCUUCUCCGGCUGGAGCUAAAUGGGAAGCUAGAGCUUUGAAGUCUUUCAGCAUGGCUGAGUUGGAAGCUCGCAAAUUAAAGUACCCUAAUACGGGGACGGAGUCGCUGUUACUUGGAAUUCUUACAGAAGGGACAAGUGAAGCAGCGAAAUUUCUCCGAAAGAACGGUGUAACACUGUUCGGAGCGAAGGAUGAGAUAAUUAAUCUUCUGGGGAAAGCUGAUAUGUACUACUUCAGUCCAGAACAUCCACCUUUAACUAGCUCUGCCCAAAAAGCUAUAGCUUGGGCUGCUGAUCCAGCAAACAAACCUGAAUGGGUUUCUGGUGAAGAGCUGAGCACAACGAUGUUAAUUAUCGGUAUCUGGGCUCAGAAAGGCUCGGCUGGUCAAAAAAUAUUGGAAAAGCUCGGGAUCAACGAUGACAAAAUUGCUAAGCUCUCCGACACCAUGAAGAACUCGCCGAACAAGAGAGGGAAUUAUCAACAAUUAGCUCAGUAGGCAGUUAGACGUUUUCCAGUUUUGCCCAAUUUUCUUUCAUUGUGAUCCAUUGUAAAAGAGCGUAUCAUUGGUCAACUUAUUGCAUUAGGUAAUCGCAUUUUUAGCACGAUGGUAUCUCAACUGGUAGGGGUUGCUCGCUUCGUUAAUCUUGCAGUUUUUGUAUACAACCUUUGCUGGCUUUGACACGUAGUUGCAUUUUGCAGAACUACAUAUUCGUAGGUAUCGUGCAAAGCAGCGCGCUUUUGAUAGGAGUUAUUUUAUUCCAGCAGGCCAGUCUGCCUUCUUAAAUUUCUUAUCCGAGAGUUUUUGCUGUAACCUCUAGGCUCUCUGCGUUCAGGAUCAGUUUACGAGUGUGAAUCAGGGGUCUAUUGUGAGAAGAAAGACAAGUAAGCCUGGUAUAUUUCACUCAGCUACUGUUUCAUCAUCAGGAUGCCAGGUUAGCUUACUUGUCCUUCUCUGGUAACGCAGGCCCAUUUGUGGUUGCUCCUCUCGACUGUAUUCCUCGCCUUAACCUGGGUCGAGUAAUUUUUUCUUGCUCCACCUUUUCCGCAA